UUUAGUUUAUGUGAUUGUGUAGAAAUAUGGAACCAAGAAAUGUAAAUUGACAUUGAUAAUGAUUCAGAGCUGUGGAAGAGAAAUAUUGCAUAUACUCCGUAAUAAAAUAACAGUGAAAGAAUUAGAAGUGGUUUUCGUAAACAAUGAGCAAUCAUCUCGUUUUAAGUCAAUAUAAACUUUUGGUAAGUUUACAAACUCGAGUGUCAUUAGAGGGUAAAUAACCUGGUGGAGGCUACACACAUAUAUAUUCUCAUUUAAAUCACCAUGUAAAAAAGUAAUAUUCAUAUGUAAUUGAUGCAAGUAUCAGUUUUUCGUGGAAGCAAUAGCCAAAGGAACUCUAACAGACUAACAGUAGUCAAUUUUACUGCAGGAGAGACAGUAUCAAAGUAAUCAAGUCAUUCCUCUUGGGUAUAUCCUUUAGCAUCUAAUCUUGCUUUGUAUCUAUCUAAAGAUCCUCCGGAUUUUAAUUUUGUUUUAAAAGCACAUUUACAACCUAUGGUGUGUUGAUCAUUAGGAGGUAAAUUAACUGAAAUCCACGUUUGGUUAGUUUCAAGAGCUUUAAUCUCAUCAUUCAUAGCUUUCUGCCAUGCAGGAAUUUUAAUAGCUUAUUUAAAGGUUUUAGGUUCAGUUAUUUUUGGAAGAGAAGGUGUAAAACAAUGAUGAGGAGAGUUUAAUCUAGUGUAGGUUAUUUAAUUUUGAAUAGGUAUCUCACAAGAAUACAAGAGGAUUUAGAUAUACCUGUGUCAACAGAAUUAGGGCAGGUAACUGGUAAUCUUAAUCUUGUAAACAAUUAGGUAUAUAUCUUACUCUACUAGAUUUUAUCUGAGAAUUAUGUUCAAUAGUAGCAUUAUUAUUAUUCUGUAAUUAACUAGAAGAAAUGUCACGAUUGAUAAGACUGAAAUACAUGAAACUGCAGGGAUUGGGGCACAGCGAUGCGAACUGCAUCUAGGGCGGCACAGCGACUCCCGUGCGAUUUUCGUCAAAUCGGUGACCGCGUCUGGGAACGACAUAUUAGACAGUGGAAGGCGACAGGGACAAGGCGCCGGAGCAGCUUUGACUCGCGAUGGGGUUUUCAUCGUCGCGGCGGUGAUAUUCCAUGGGAGAAGCGGCCUCUCAACCAAUCUGGGGAGGCUUCGUCCCGUUUCUCCUUCGACAACCAGGCACGGCGUCGCCUUCUGCGGAACAGAGAACGUGCGACUACAUAUGGGGCAGAAUCUGUUGGAAGAAAUUUCUGGGAAUCUCAGGUUUCAUCGAUUGGAGCUCGUAGACGAAUCUGGCCUUCAAAGCGGCAGUUUUGGAAUCGACAUGGUAGCUCAGUUGGGUUUCAAGGUGGGAAGAAAAGGAGGUUAACAGAAGUUGGAGGGGGUGAUUUCCUAUCCGUUCCCAUUAUCACAGAUGAGUUCGUCAUUGAAAGUAAAUUCUUUCAAUUUAAAGUUAUUGACAGCGCUUCUAUUCGCAUUUCUGAAACAAAAGAAGGAAUUUCAUCUAUAUUGGACUUAGAUUUUGCUAGGCUUACUUAUCUUGUAGUAAGCUAGAGCUGAACAAAUCACUUAUAGUUCGGUAUGAUGAAAAUUACUUUGGGGGUUUUAUCCAAAUCAUUGAAAAAGGCAGUGACUCUCUAUUUAUACCCGAGGGAUGGAACGGGCAGGGGAUUCAUCUAUUUCUUACAGGAAUUGGAAAAACAAUUGCAUCGUUGAAGGAAAUCGCUGCAAAAUCACAGGCCGUUGGACAUACUUCAGGUAAGGUUUUCUCUGAUGGGGUGGCUUCCAAUGACUUGGAAUUUCUACCUUUUGAUGGGAAUAAUCUUUAUUGUGACACGGGAACCUCCAUCUCGGGUGCAUUACUACAAGUCGAUAUUGAUUCAUACAAUCAUUCUUCAGAUUUGGUUUCGGUUGAUGAUGUUCGUAGUGGGGAACAUAUCCCCGAUUCUGAUGCACUUUUAGAACUUAAAGAAUUUUUUCAAGUCACUUUGACAAAUGGGGUAGAUUCACUUUCUCAUUUUUUACUUUAUGAGAUUGAGAAACUUCUUGCUGCUGCUUUGGGUAACCGAGACAAUUUGCUUAUAAAACCCAUUGAUGAUGGAAAACCUUCUCGAAUGCAAAAUGAUUCAGGGAAAGUUGAUGAAAACAAGAUUGGAGUUUUAGAGUCAAGGAAUAUUGGCAUUGGAGGUGAUCACACAGAUUUUUGUUGGGAUUAUGCAAAUUUGGACUGCAUCGGUAAUCUUAACGCAAAUUUUGAGGAAGAUUUUGGAGGAUCAUACUCUACACAUUCAGGUGAUGAAUUCCUUGGCCAUGUCUCGGAAAAUGAGAAAAGGGUUCCUAUUUCAACGGUAGAUGAUCUUUGGGAUUCUGAUACUAAUGAAGUUAUUUGUCAAAAAGCUUUGUUGGUCACACGAGAUAACUGUUUGCCCACACAGAACUUGAACACUCAAAAGAGAAUGUACAAAAAGAAGAAUCAGAGAUCACAUCUUAUGAGAACUAGAUCUCAAACACGGGCGGGUCUUUGAAGAUUCUACUUAGGGCUAGGGAUUUUUAGGGAGUGAUUCUAUUUAGGGCUAGGGAAAGUUUCAACUUUGGGUUGGGUUCUACUCUUGUUUGUCUCUUUUUUGUUUGUUUUUCUGUUUCCGUAUUUCUUUCAUGUACUUUCUUUUGAUUAAUAAAAUAUUUUUUAUUUAAAAA